AUGAAUGACGGUACACUCGUCAUUCGUGGAGAGAAGGUGCCGUCGCGAAAUGUGGCAGUGCUGAUCCUGUCACUUCGUCUGGCCAUUCUUCGCCUCUUUCCCCUGCGUCAAAAACCCACUAGCAUCAUCAACUGCUACUCAUCAACAUCAGAAGCCAAUGAAUCGGAGUUGGACUCGUUUUACGAAGAGUUGGAGGAAGUGAUCCGCAGCAAGACGUCCUAUAAUUUCGUUGUCGGUGACUUCAACGCAAAUCUAGGAAGGAUUACAGAAGAGGAGAUCAGGAUUGGAAGAUUUGGAAUAGACGAGGAAAUGAUGGCGAGACGUCUGGGGGACCGGAAUGUUUCAGUCCCCUAG